CCAUAGAGUCCUCUGUCUAGAAAGGCAUAUAAGGCGUAUAGUUGCCAUUUUGUGUUUUUCGUUUGAAACCCCUUCUCUAGCCAAAACCGAUAAGAGAGCCGAAACAAGAGGAAGGCCUUUGCGUGUUUUGGAUGGCGGAUAUCGCCACUUUCAUUUCUAGAUUCUUAUAUCUGAAGAAAUCCUGAAAAGUCCUCCAUACUAUCAUGGCUAGCGCCCGGUCGGCAAAAGAAGAAAGAAUCAGGUACAUACAGGGAGACCUUUUUACAUGUCCUGGAACAGACUCCUUGGCUCAUUGUAUCAGUGAGGAUUGUCAUAUGAGUGCUGGCAUAGCUGCCAUUUUUAAGAAGAAGUUUGGUGGUGUUCAGGAGCUCUUGAACCAGAAAAAGAAGACUGGGGAUGUGGCUGUUCUGAAGAGAGAGAAUCGAUAUGUGUACUAUCUGAUUACAAAGAACAAAUACUUUCAUAAGCCUACCUAUGACAAUCUACGGAAGAGCUUGGAAGCGAUGAAAAUCCAUUGCCUUAAUAAUGCUGUAACUUGUAUUUCUAUGCCGAAGAUUGGGUGUGGACUUGACCGCCUGAAUUGGAGUAAAGUUUCAACAAUGCUUGAUGAAGUAUUUGAGGAUACAGAUGUUAGCAUUACAGUUUAUACCCUUUAAUUUAUUAUCCUUUUGUAUUCUGUGUUUGUAACUGAUUUGUGAAAAGAUGGUGAUGUGAUUUUGUUCUAUUUCCCUUUCUCUUUCAGACAUUUCUCACCAUUACUAAUAUCCAAUCAUAGACAGUGUUUUGUAGAAAUUUAUAGUUAAAGCUUUUAAUUUUUAAUCUCUAAUUUUUAGGAUUUUGAUUAUGUCUAUAUGGAAUGUACUUGUGUUUGGUUGUAAGUCGCCCAGAGUGGCAGAUUAACCUCUGCCAGAUGGGCGUCUAACAAAUCUCAUAAAUAA